GAUUGAACUUUGCAGCCGAGUUGCGGCGGCCGCGAGGUUCCCGGCAGUGCGGCCCCGGCGCGGAGCUGGGAGCCUCGGCCAGCGCCCGGCGCCCGCGCCCCCGACCCGCAGCCAUGGUGCCCGGGGCGCCCGGCGCGGCCCUGACCCUCUGCCUCUGGCUGGCGGCCUCCGGGGGCUGCCUGGCCGGCGGCCCCGGCGCCGCGGUUGCUCGGCGGCUGGACGAGUCCCUGUCGGCCGCGAGCGUCCAGCGCGCCCGCUGCUCCUCCAGGUGCCUCAGCUUGCAGAUCACGCGCAUCUCCGCCUUCUUCCAGCAUUUCCAGAACAAUGGUUCCUUGAUUUGGUGCCAGAAUCACAAGCAAUGUUCUAAGUGUCUGGAGCCCUGCAAGGAGUCCUGGGACCCAAGGAAGCAGCAGUGCCAGAGCGUCUGUGAGCCUCUGUUCCCCAAGAAGAACUACGAAUGCUUGACUAGCUGUGAGUUCCUCAAGUACAUCCUGUCGGUGAAGCAGGGGGACUGCCCGGCUCCUGAGAAAGCCAGCGGAUUUGCCGCCGCCUGCGUAGAAGGUUGUGAAGCUGACAAUGAGUGCUCUGGGGUGAAGAAGUGUUGUUCGAACGGAUGUGGACACACCUGCCAGGUGCCCAAGACGCUGUACAAAGGGGUCCCCCUGAAGCCCAGAAAAGAGUUACGGUUUACAGAACUGCAGUCUGGACAGCUGGAGAUUAAGUGGUCCUCGAAAUUCAAUAUUUCCAUCGAGCCUGUGAUCUACGUGGUACAAAGAAGAUGGAAUUAUGGAAUCCAUCCUAGCGAAGACGAUGCCACCCAGUGGCAGACGGUAGCCCAGACCACGGAUGAGCGGGUCCAGCUGACCGACGUACGACCCAGCAGGUGGUACCAGUUCCGAGUGGCGGCUGUCAACGUGCACGGGACCCGAGGCUUCACGGCCCCCAGCAAACACUUCCGCUCCUCCAAAGAUCCAUCUGCACCGCCCGCGCCGGCCAACCUCCGGCUUGCAAAUUCCACCAUAAACAGUGACAACACCGUGACCGUGGCUGUGGUUUGGGAUCUCCCCGAGGAACCCGACAUCCCCGUGCACCACUACAAGGUGUUUUGGACCUGGACGGUCAGCAGCAAAUCCCUUGUCCCCACAAAAAAGAAGCGGAGAAAGACCACGGAUGGGUCCCAGAAUUCCGUGCUCCUGGACAGACUCCAGCCGGACUACGGCUACACCGUGGAGCUGCAGGCCAUCGCAUACUGGGGGCAGACGCGCCUGAAGGGGGCCAAGGCCUCCCUGCACUUCACGCCCGUGCAUGCCACCAGCCGCAAAGAGCAACUUGGGAAAACCAGAAAGAGCACGAUGCACAUGCAGCCCCCUUUCCAACGACGACGGCCUGCGCGCCUCCUGGAAAUCGGAGCCCCCUUCUAUCAAGACAACCAACUGCAGGUGAAGGUCUACUGGAAAAAGACCGAAGAUCCCAGCGUCAGCCGAUACCAUGUGUGGUGGCUCCCGGAGGUCUGUGCUCACAACAGAAGCAGCGGCGUGGAGACCUUGUCCGGCAUCACCCAGGACAAUUACAUAAUUCUUCAGGGUCUGUCGUUUUCCUGCAAAUACAAGGUGACCGUCCAGCCGGCCCGGCCCGCGGGCCGCUUGAAGGCAGAGACCGUUUUCUUUACGACGCCUCCGUGCUCAGCCCUGAAGGGGAAAAGCUACAAGCACGUCCGCUGCCCGGGCGAGGCAGGUCACGUGCCGGCCAAAGUGCUCGCCAAGCCCGAGAACCUCUCUGCCUCGUUCGUCGUCCAAGAUGUGAACAUCACGGCCCACUUCUCCUGGAAGAUGGCCAAGGCCAACCUCUACCAGCCCAUGACGGGCUUCCAAGUGACCUGGGCUGAGGUCACGACCGAGAGCAGACAGAACAGCUUACCCAACAGCAUCAUCUCUCGCUCCCAGAUUCUGCCUUCGGACCAUUACGUCCUCACGGUGCCCAACCUGAGGCCGUCCACGCUGUACCGCCUGGAAGUGCAGGUGCUGACCGCGGGCGGCGAAGGGCCGGCCACCAUCAAAACCUUCUGGACGCCCGACCUCACGCUGCCCUCAGCGGAGAGACCCCAUCUUAAACCUCGGCAUCCUCAUCAUUACAAGCCUUCUCCAGAAAGAUACUAAACAGCUCAGUGUGUGAGAAUCAGAGAACGAACAAGCUGGUUGAGCUUCACGGUGCAGACAUGCUGCUACGAAGCCAGCAGGUGCCCUGCGUGACCUCCCUCUCCCAUGUAACCUUGUGCCCUGGGUCCCUCUGCCCAUCUCAACGCAGCUGGAAAGGAGUGACUCACAGCCGGUGGGGGUGGACACCCACUUCCCAGAAUGGAGGCCCAUCGAACCUGAAAUCGGAAUAUCCACGAACGAGCCUCUACUGAAUAAUUGCACAGAUGACAUCUCCCUGGAUUCGGAGCAGGAAAUUCUCAGAACAAAUCAUUGUAACAAACACACAGUGCAUACACAUACUAAGCAUAACGUAUAUCAAUAAAACAUUUUUAAAUUAAAUAAUUGCUUUGAUUUGCAAAAUCAAAUAAGGUGAUGCAGUUUGUAAGCCCUAUGUAUUCAAAUCUUUCGUAAGAUUUAUAUAAUGUGUGAUUUAUUCUUAACCUCAAAUACAUAGCAGUUAAGUUCCAUCUAUGAUUGUCCACACCUGCAGCCCCUGAGCCCCGGUCACACGAAGGCGAAUGAGCAUCUCGUGUGUGAGCCAUGCUUUACGAAAGGCUCCCAAAGCAGGGAGCAUUCAGUGAAUCCACUGCUGUCCACAGUCUGCCUCGGAGAAAUGAAAAUGCUUUUCUGGGGAUACGUUUUCAUGCUUCAUCCUAUAAAAUGAGAGACCUUUCCGAUAUGUUUUCUUAUUUAUAUUUUCCUCUUUCCCUCCAUGCAGAAAAGAACUGCUGGUACACUUUGUUUUACCACUUCAUGUAUCUCAAAAUUUACAGAGCCUUUUGCUUAAAGUGAGAAUCCCAACUGUUGAAUAUUUUCCAAUCUCUACUAAGAUUUGCCUUUUCUUAAUCAAAGUAAGCUAUCUGAAUGCUAGAAUGUUCUCGGUAACGUAGGACAAGAGGCUUUGAUUGAUAGAGGACAGCUAUUUGCUUGCCUUUAUUCUUUCAAACCUAUUCUGUGCGCCUGCUUGGCUCCAAACGACCCUUCCCAGCAUGGACUCGGGUCGGAACCCAUCAUCAGUCCGUGGUGCUGCCAAGCACUGGGGCAGCCUUGCACCCAGAAACAUUCGGUUUCAACCAAGUUUUUCUUGAGGGAAUGGCCACAGAUGUGGUUUGGAAUAGGCAUCCAUGUACGUCUAUGUACAGCGGAAAUUCUCUUCACGGCUCACCAAUGGUGCAGAAAGAUCCGGUUCUUGUAAAGGGAAGGGUCAUGUGUUUUUCCCGUCGGUGUUUAUUCUGUGAGGAGAGAGCAAUUUAUCAGCAUUUCAACAUCUUAAAGGAACGGCUUCCUCCACUCAUUGUGCAGCUAACUCAAUCGGGGAAACGUCUGGGACCAUUUUCUUGGGUUACGAUGGUGGCACUGGGUACCUGCCGUGUUGUGGGUUUCUGGAAGCGGGCAGAUGCAGAGACAGCUCGAACUCCUUCACUUCACCAGUGUCUGAAGGCAAACGUGCUACAAAAUGGAGACAGUAUUUUUAUUAUCAGAUGGAUGCGUAUCUUUAGGAAACGCGGUCUGUACCCAUGGAUACGUGGAAACAGAGAGUAAAAACUGUCUCCUGGGUAGCAAAGAGUUACAGUGAUGAUGCGGGCAAUGUUUUGUAGCUUCGUACAAGUGACCCUCGUGGGAAAGACCAGCAUGAAGGUGCAUGGGCUUCCAAGUGCUUGUCCGCGGCUCCUGACGCGGUCGGGACGGACUCAGCCCCAUGAGGUCCAAAGUCCCCUGGUUUCUCACGGAGAGAACCGGAAGCACCCCUCGUUUCCAAGCACCCCAAGCUUGACCCAACACCACAGGUAUCUCCGCGGAAACUAGGAUUUACGCCAGUGCCAUGGGCUGCAUCUGAAUGUCAAGUUCUCAAAUUUUCACAAAUGAAGACGUCUAAUAUUGGCUACAAGUUUAUCUUUACCCUGAAUUUGUCACGAACAAAUCCAGUAUUUGUGCCAGCAAAUUUCUGUACUGUUGUAUAGUUCAAAAUGCAAGAGUAUACACAUAGAUACGAAAUAUUAUUAAAUUAUUAUGUAAGUUUGAUUUUAUAAGGUUUAGUUAUGUGUCUUUUGUCUGGGCAAUAGACAAUGAGCAAAUACAUUUUUAGUUUGGAUGAAGGUUCUGAAGCUUACACCUUCCUUACAAAAUCGAAAGCUGCUCCUGUGAGCAUCUCAUUCUGCAAUAACAAAACUUAAAUUUUAUUCACACAGUUGGAAGAAAAAUGCUGUUAAUUAGAUGAUUAAGGAAACAGGAGUUUCUUUUAUGAACUUCAAUGACCUUCAAUAAUAUGCGAAUCGGCCAAGAUAUAAUUACUUUCUUUUUUUAAUUUAAAAAAUUUGACUGCCCUAAUAAAGGGAUACAAUCUAUGGGUUUUUUUCUUUAAACAUUGUUUUAGUGGCUAAGUCUCUGUCUUAUUAAAAUUAAAUGCGUCUCUCUCAUAGGAGACACAUUGUCUCUCCUAGGAGAAAAUAUAUAUUCAGUGAUAUUUACUUUUACCGAUGGAGCCCAAAGUUCAAGUGUAAAGGUACGUCUGCAUGCUAGGAACCUGAACGAACCUAUAAGUAAUCACACAGAGCGGGCUUUGUCCACGUCUGUGUGGCUGGCAGGGGGGCCCCAGCCGUGCACCGUAGGGGGCCCAGCGGCAGCUCUGGCCUCACCCACCACAUGCCAGUGCCCCCAAGUUGUGACAGCCCACAGUUCUCCACACAUUGCCCACUCGCACCUGGGGGAGUAAGCCUCCCCUGGUUGAGAAUCCGUGCACCGGAGAGGGAGUGAUCUUUACUAAACACGGGAGAAUCUGCCUCGUGUGAGGGACCCAGGAAACUGUAGGAGCCGAGCAGGAGCCGGGAACUUGGACUGCAAAGCCCUGAAUUGUGUCUUUCAUUGUGUCACUCAAACACCUGAUGGGAAGACUGAAUUCUGACGUGUCUCUAUCAUCUGAGUACAGAUAUUUUCUCCUUCGUGUCGGUCAGCGUCACGUGUGAUAAUGACUUAUUUAUUUAAUGCCCUUUCUUAUACCUUGGGCCAUGGAUUUACUAAUUACGUUCACUCUUUCCCAUGAUUGCAAAUAGCUCUCAAUCUUGUUACACAAACACUCACAUUGUAACCAGCACACAAAGGCUGAAUAUCUGUUGCAUGUUCUUAUAAUUCAUUUAAAAUAAUAAAUGCAUAAAGAUGGUGACUCUUACCUAUGGUUGUGCAUGGCCAGACUCCGUUUCUUGCCUCUACGGAGUAUUUUAGCAAGUUACACAAUUUACAGAGUGAUUAACAGAGGUCUGUAUGUAAAGUAAUUAUUAUUUCUUUCCUUAAUUAUACUGUAGUACACAGAUAACAGAACAGCUACCUUCUCAUCCCAAUGGCCUAUAGAGAUCACAUCUCUUCUACUGGUCAUUUCAAGUCAAUAUUUAUUUAUGUAUGUAAUAAAAAAAAAAGUGAUUCUUGUGUGUGUCAUGUUAGAAGUAAUCUUGUAAAAAAAUUUUGUAAAAACAAAGUAUUGUAAAUAGUCUGAUAUUCUGUGACUCAUUAUUUUCAUGUUAGAGUUUGUACAUACUGAUUCAGUAAUAAAGCAUCCUUAAACCUG